AUGACGGACAUCACCAAGAUGUUCCGUCAAAUCGGAGUACAUCAGGAUGAUUGGCCGCUCCAACAGAUACUUUGGGCCGAUGCAAAUGGGGACGUCACCACGUAUCAGCUCACCACCGUCACGUAUGGAACUAGGUCCGCUCCAUUCCUUUCCAUACGUGUCUUGAACCAGCUCGUGGAAGACGAGGGAAACAACUAUCCUCUCGCCGUGGAGCCGCUCACGAAAGGGCGAUAUGUGGAUGAUAUUUGCGGAGGUGCUGACUCGGAGGAGCAGUUACUCAAGACCGCUCAUCACGUGACUCAACUUUGCCAAUCAGGCGGCUUUCCGUUGGCGAAGUGGCACUCCAACAGUGCAGGUCUGCUCUGUGCACUCAGGUCGGACAGCACCUCCCACGAUCAAAAGGUGAUCGAGGACUCGCUCACCAAGAUCCUAGGGGUUUCAUGGCACCCAGGAACGGACAGCUUCACGUUCUCCAUCGCUCGGCCUGAAACCAACUCCAUCUCAAAACGAGUCAUCCUGUCGGAAACCGCUCAGCUCUUCGACCCACUUGGCUUCCUCGCGCCAGUGGUGGUACGAGCAAAGAUAUUACUACAGGCGCUCUGGAUUGAGAAACUGGGAUGGGACGACCCAGUUUCCCCGACAACAGCACAUCGAUGGCGUCAGUUCCGGGAUGAACUCAACCAGUUGUCGGAGGUCACCGUGCCACGGUGGCUUGGACUGCUCAAGGGCUUCGACGUGGAAGUCCAUGGUUUUUCCGACGCAUCCCAGGUGGCUAUGGCAGCUGUCAUUUACCUUAAGGUUCCGCACCGACCUGGAAGUGGUAUCACGCUCGUCUGCUCCAAGACUAAGGUAGCCCCGCUCAAACGGCAGACCAUCCCACGUCUGGAACUUACGGCAGCUCUGCCCCUAGCCAAGCUCAUACGGUACGUUCAGGAUCAGCUCAACCUCAGAGCUGCGCCCACCUACCUCUGGACGGAUUCCUCAGUCACGCUCACAUGGAUCAGCUCCCACCCAUCACGGUGGAAAGAAUUCGUGAGGAAUCGUGUCGCUCUCAUACAAGAGCUAACUCAACCAGCUCACUGGAGGCUGGUGCCUGGCAAGGAGAAUCCAGCAGAUUGUGCUUCUCGAGGACUCACGGCGCAACAGUUGGUAGCGCAUAAGCUGUGGUGGACAGGGCCGCCAUGGCUGCAACAGGACAGCUCAUCUUGGCCAACUCACGUUCUAGAAACGGACCUCAAUGUAGACCUCGAAGAGAAGCCGGGACAGCUUUACUACGGCGCCACUCAGCAAUUAACUAUCUGGGAUCUCAUCAAUAGGUUCUCCUCGUUCAAUCGGCUGCUCCGGAUCACAGUGGUCUGCUCAAGGUUCAUCGCUCGGCUUAGAGGGGUUCCUAACACAUCUCUCCACUAUCCGCUUACACUCAGCGAGCUGGAAGAGGGACGGCUCCUGUGUAUCAAGCUCACCCAGACAGCUCAUUUCAGGGAGGAACUACGGAUAAUCUCUCGAGGGGAGAAAUUCACCAGGUCCCAUCCGCUCACCAAGCUCACCCCGUUUAUUGAUCGUCAAGGGAUUCUGCGUGUUGGUGGGCGGCUCAGGUUCGCGCAGCUUGACCCCGAGACCAAAAAUCAGGCAAUCAUCCCGAAGGAAUCGCAACUAGCUCAGUUACUGAUAAACCAAGCUCACCUACGGACACUUCACGGCGGGACACAGCUCACCCUUCGUCAGCUCAGGACUAAUUACUGGAUCCUUGGAGGUUGA